AUGAGUACUGAUGAGCCUCAGCCAACGGGCUGGGAUGGGUUUGGCCUGAUUAGUGGAGAUCUCUUCUCGAGGUCAACACUUGAGAGGUUGCAAACCAAGUCCAGAGAGGGCUUGCUUGGCUUGACGCAAAGCCUGACGGGGUUCCUUGAGGGCAUCGACGGUGCUGCCGAGCCUGAUCUUCGGCACGAUUCAUGGAAGUUGGGAUACUGCUGUGGUCGGAGGCUUUAUUGGGAAGAGUUUGAUGAUGAAGCUGCUGCGGAGCGGCGGUACAACCAGCUUUGGUGGUCCCGAAUCAUUCUUGAUCCGCAAGGCCGCGUCGUGAAAUGCUUCACGGCAGCACUAGAUCCAAGGGGUGUUGGUGUGGCCCGACUGAUCAUUGCAGCCAGGUUGCGUGAUGGGAGGGACAUCGCUUCUUGUCCACUCCAGGCCAUGAACCAGGGAGAUGCACCCUUUAUACCACCGGAGUGGCUGCCUGGCAUUCCGCAAGCUUUGCAAGUUCUCUGGAACAAAGUCGCUUCACGAGAGUCCAUCAGCUGGUUCGGAGCUGGUGCCGACUCACUUUGUUACUUCGAUGUGAAUCUUCACCCCAACGUGAAAGGCUAUGUGGCUCUUACCAUUGACGAUGUGCCCUGUCGGCUUGGACCCACAAACUCCUUCUUGCCACUUGUUCAAACCUUGCUCAAGCAGCAUGAUGCUCACGCAACCCUCAUGCUUAUGGGCAACUUUAUUCCUGGAAAUGAAGACGCCUUGAUCUCCAUGCUCAGCGAUGGCCAUGAGUUUGGCAAUCACGGCUUGGUUGAUCGGAGCUAUGCCAAAGAUUCCCGUGCCGAAUUCGUGCUUGCACUUGAUGAGUGCUCCGACAGGAUAAAGUGCCUGCAGCGGCAGGCAGGUGUUGCAGAGGAGGUUCGGUGGUUUCGGGCACCUCACGGACGAAUAAGUUCGGAGAUGACUGCGGCACUUGUGGAAAGAGGUCUGCAAAAUGUGAUGUGCGACACUUUCGCCUGCUGCCCGGUGAUUCAGGACGGCGAGUUCAUUGGCACCUUCCUUGGGCGGCAGGCUGAGCAUGGUUCAAUUAUCUUAAUCCACAUGCCGGAGAAAGGCUUCCGGGAAUGGUGCUUCCACGGUUUGCAGAGCCUUUUGAUGCAGCUGGCCCAGCGCGGCCUGAAGGCCACUACUGUGGGGCACCUGGCGCAGCUGGCUGACUAUCGGCUGGCUCAUCUCUGA